ACCAGAGUAAUUAUCAAAGAAAAAGAAAAUCCAUCGCAACAAUCUAAGACGAUCGGGUAAACUAGAUUGAAAAAGAAGGAAAGAAAAAAAAAAACAUGCGUUAGGAAUCUGGGAUAGCACCUGGCUAGAUCCAGAAGGAAGAACGCGGUUUGGAUUUGGGUUUGGGUUUAGGGGUAAGGCCAACGAUUUGGAGAUUCUAAGAUUGCAACGGAUUGCAGAAGCUUCGAAUCUCUCAAUUGCCGCCCUUUCUUCUAAUAUUUUUCUUCUCUUCAAAAAUCUCACUUCAAAUCACCUCUUAUUUCUGUUCAUUCUUCAGCUUCUCAUUUCCUUGGAGGCAUUUCAGAUGAAGUGCCGUUUCUCUUGCCGUCUGUGGGUACUUUUACUCAUAAUAUUAAGAUUUCGGAGUUCUAUUGGCGAAUCAAGGAGCCUGGAGAAUUCAAAAUUCUCCGUUUUGAGCCCGUAUGGGGAUAAUUCUGAGGGCUUAGCUCGAACUGGCGGCAGAUCUCUUCUGUCCCUUCCACUGAAAGGUAAAAUUAAUACUGCUCUUGUUGCUGCUUCGGAUGGGGCAAUCCAUUUGGUGGAUAGUAAUUCUAUGAAUAAAAUUUGGUCAUUUACUUCUGGACCACCUAUCUAUUCGUCGUAUCAGGCUCAUAUCGAACACGACCACAAUCAAGAAAAUGCUUCAGGUUUGAGCAGCUCCUUCUUUUUUGAUUGUGGAGAUGACUGGGAGCUGUACAUGCACACAGAGCAUGGUAAAAUGAAACUACCAAGCUCCAUUGACGAGGUUGUUAGAAAUACACCAUAUAUAUUCGAGGAUGGUGCGGUGAUGAUUGGUUCUAGGAAAACUACUGUUUUUGAGGUUGAUCCAGUGACUGGAAAACUCAUUCGUAAUCACAUCUCCGAUUUCUCGUCAUCUGAACUAAGUAACGAGGAACAUAGUAGUUAUAAUUCUAAACAGAAUCUAGACAAUAAGGAUCUGAUACAACCUGGUGUGGUGAGCCCUGUUGAGCCACGGCUGUAUAUCACAAGAACAGAUUAUUCUCUGAAAUCAUCUUUCUCGGGUUCGGAAGAAGUUGCCUGGAGUUUGAAUGUUGCUGAAAUUGGAGCUACCUUACUCUGUCCAGAGGUUGAGAAUCCAACAAAGAGUGUUCCUUGGAACCUUCAAAGUAAUGGUAGUUUUAACCUUGAUUUUGCUAUGCCAUUGUCUUGCCAAUCAAAAGUAGUUGUCUUUCGUGAACGGAGCCAUGUUUUCUCGGGAUCGUCUGGGUAUAAAAGACUAUCAGAGGCUCAUAAUAUUGGUAAUAUGUCUUUGGUGCCUGCUUCAGGUCCAACACUUCCUUCCCAAUUGAAGGUCGAUGAACAGCAAAAUACUCAUCCUGAAAAAUUGAUGCUUCCUGGACCUGCACCAAACAUUUCCUCUCCUCUGCCACCCAAUUCAAGUAGUAAAGCAGUAAUCCCAAUGCCUUUGAUGAAGAUUAACGAAUCAAGUAUGGUUCAGGGACAUAAAAUGGGCACUCUUAAUGGACCUUUUGGAUUGUUUUUUGUAUUUUUAGUAACCAUCCUUGUGGGAUUGGUUACCUUCAGUAGGGGACUGACUGGAAAGGUAAAACAAUUUUUCUUGAGGGAGAAGCUAUCCAGUACUUCUAAUUCAAAAAUUCUCUCUUCCAAGAAAAACAAAGCUCGAAAGUCGAAAAGAAACGUAAACUCUGACAAAAGGGACAUAUCUGUUUCAUCCGAAAAUGAAGAUAUGCUUAUGCCAAGUGAGGGUAACGUUAACAACUGGUUUCACCACAGUAAUCUUCCUGAUAAUGCUGGCACUGGACGUCGAAUUGGUAAAUUGUUUGUAACCAAUAAAGAGAUUGCUAGGGGUAGUAAUGGUACUAUUGUUCUUGAGGGAGUAUAUGAAGGUCGACCUGUUGCUGUGAAACGCCUUGUCAAGACUCACCAUGAUGUUGCCUUCAAAGAAGUUCAAAAUUUGAUUGCUUCUGAUCGCCACCCAAAUAUUGUUCGAUGGUACGGGGUGGAGAGUGAUCAAGAUUUUGUUUAUCUUUCGUUGGAACGGUGUACCUGCAGCCUAGAUGAUUUGAUUCAGAUUUGCUCCGAUCAGUCCUUUAACUCUAUGCCCGGCCUGGAUCAAGACACAGAACCCAUGAUUAAGUAUAGACUGCAUUUGGAGUCUGUCAAGGAUGUUAUGCCAGAUUUGAAGUUGUGGAAAGAAAAUGGCCAUCCAUCCUCAGUUCUUCUAAAACUCAUGAGGGACAUGGUUGCUGGGGUUGAGCAUUUGCAUGAGUUGGGAAUAAUUCAUCGCGACCUAAAGCCGCAAAAUGUGUUGAUAAUUAAGCAAAAGUCUAUGUGUGCAAAGCUUUCUGAUAUGGGCAUCAGCAAGCGUCUUCUAGCCGAUAUGUCGUCCUUGGGCCAUCAUGCCACUGGUUGUGGGAGUUCUGGUUGGCAAGCUCCUGAACAGCUUCUCCAUGGACGACAGACGCGUGCAGUCGAUUUGUUUAGCUUAGGUUGUGUUCUCUUUUUCUGCAUCACGGGUGGUAGACAUCCAUUUGGUGAUCGUCUUGAGCGUGAUGUCAAUAUUGUGAAGAACCAGAUGGAUUUGUUCUUGGUGCAAAGCAUCCCUGAAGCUGUAGAUCUUAUAUCUCAAUUGUUAAAUCCUGACCCCGAUUUGAGGCCAAAAGCAUCAGAGGUAUUGCAACAUCCUUUGUUUUGGAGUUCAGAAACUCGACUUUCCUUUCUUCGUGAUACAAGUGACAGAGUAGAGUUGGAAGAUAGAGAGUCUGAGUCUGGUCUCUUGAAAGCAUUAGAGAAAACUGCACAAUUAGCUUUAGGUACUAAAUGGGAUGAAAAGAUGGAACCAAUUUUCAUCACUAACAUCGGUCGGUAUAGACGUUACAAGUACGAUAGUGUUCGGGACCUAUUGCGAGUUAUGCGAAACAAAUUGAAUCAUUAUAGAGAACUACCAAACGAAAUUCAGGAGCUCAUAGGAUCCGUUCCCGAGGGAUUCGAUGGCUACUUCGCCAGUAGGUUCCCGAGACUCUUGAUCGAAGUUUACAAAAUUAUAAGUCAAUAUUGUAGGCAAGAGGAAUGCUUCCAAAAGUACUUCAAAAGCCAUAUAGAGUAAAUUCUUAGACACAGAAAUGUAGAAUAAAAUGUAGUUUCAUAAUUGUAAGGUGUCAGGAUAAACAAUGCUACAACUAUUAUGUUGGCAUGUUUAGAACACCGAUGUUUAAGUAUACAAAUGUAAAUAUUGCUAUGCUACCACAAACUUGAAAUAUUGUAAAGUCUCACAAUGUACCAAACAUAUUUAAUUUGUACACUAAUAUAGCUUUAUUAGCUAAUUUAUUUA